AUGGCCAACGUCGCCAAGAAGGUGUCCUGGUCCGGCCGCGACCGCGACGACGAUGACGACGAGGACGGGCGCGCGGGCGAGACCACCCCGCUGCUCAACGGCACCGGCCCCGGGGCGGCGGCUGGCGCCCGGCAGGUGGGUACCGGCACCAGGAGGGGGGGCCCUACUCUCACUCCUUCCUCCUUCCUGCGCAUCGGGCAGCUGAGCAAUGUGGACCUCAAUGAGGAUGUCCGUGAGCUGGAGACGGAGCUCCCUCGGCAGCAUCCCAACGAGAUCCCUCACAAUGAGAAGCUCCUGUCGCUCAAGUACGAGAGCCUGGACUAUGACAACAGUGAAAACCAGCUGUUCCUGGAGGAGGAGAGGAGGAUAAACCACACAGCUUUCCGGACGGUGGAGAUCAAGCGCUGGGUCAUCUGUGCCAUGAUCGGCAUCCUCACUGGCCUCGUUGCCUGCUUCAUUGACAUCGUGGUGGAGAACCUGGCUGGGCUGAAGUACCGGGUGGUGAAGGGCAACAUCGACAAGUUCACAGAGAAAGGGGGCCUGUCUUUCUCCCUGUUACUCUGGGCCACCCUGAAUGCCAGCGUGGUGAUGGUAGGCUCCAUGAUCGUUGCUUUCAUAGAGCCCGUCGCAGCCGGCAGUGGCAUUCCCCAGAUCAAAUGCUAUCUCAACGGUGUCAAGAUCCCACACGUUGUCCGCCUCAAGACCCUGGUGAUCAAAGUCUGCGGGGUCAUCCUCUCAGUGGUCGGUGGCCUGGCUGUCGGGAAGGAAGGACCCAUGAUUCACUCCGGAGCGGUGAUUGCUGCCGGGAUCUCCCAGGGAAGAUCCACGUCUUUAAAGCGAGACUUCAAGAUCUUCGAGUACUUUCGCAGAGACACAGAAAAGAGGGACUUUGUCUCGGCUGGAGCUGCUGCUGGCGUCUCGGCUGCGUUUGGUGCCCCUGUGGGGGGUGUCCUCUUCAGCUUGGAGGAAGGGGCUUCCUUCUGGAACCAGUUCCUGACAUGGAGAAUCUUCUUUGCCUCCAUGAUCUCUACGUUCACUCUGAACUCUGUCCUGAGCGUUUACCACGGCAAUCCUUGGGAUCUCUCCAGCCCUGGGCUCAUCAACUUUGGCAGGUUUGAUAACGAGAAAAUGGGAUACACAAUCCAGGAAAUUCCUAUCUUCAUCUUUAUGGGAGUGGUUGGCGGGAUCCUCGGGGCCCUGUUCAAUGCCCUCAAUUACUGGUUAACGAUGUUCCGGAUCAGGUAUAUCCACCGGCCCUGCCUCCAGGUGGUCGAGGCCAUGUUGGUGGCAGCAGUGACGGCGACCGUGGGGUUCGUCAUGAUUUACUGCUCGAGAGACUGUCAGCCCAUCCAGGGGAGCACGGUGGCAUAUCCCCUGCAGCUUUUCUGUGCUGAUGGAGAGUACAACUCCAUGGCCACUGCCUUCUUCAACACGCCUGAGAAGAGCGUCGUCAGCCUCUUCCACGACCCUCCAGGUUCCUACAACCCCAUGACGCUGGGCAUGUUCACACUGAUGUAUUUCUUCCUGGCCUGCUGGACCUACGGCCUCACGGUGUCCGCAGGGGUCUUCAUCCCCUCCCUGCUGAUCGGCGCUGCCUGGGGGAGGCUCUUCGGCAUCUCUCUGUCCUACCUGACCAAAGGCUCGAUCUGGGCUGACCCCGGGAAGUACGCCCUGAUGGGAGCUGCCGCACAGCUGGGUGGGAUAGUGCGGAUGACACUGAGUCUCACGGUCAUCAUGAUGGAGGCAACAGGCAAUGUCACCUAUGGCUUCCCCAUCAUGCUAGUGCUGAUGACGGCAAAGAUUGUGGGAGACUACUUUGUGGAGGGGCUCUACGACAUGCACAUCCAGCUGCAGAGCGUGCCCUUCCUGCACUGGGAGGCCCCGGUGACGUCCCACUCCCUCACAGCCAGGGAGGUCAUGAGUACUCCCGUCACCUGCUUGCGAAGGAUCGAGCGAGUGGGCACGGUUGUGGACAUCCUCAGCGACACCUCUUCCAACCACAACGGCUUCCCGGUGGUGGAGAGCAACCCUGACACCACGCAGGUAGCAGGACUGCGGGGUUUGAUCCUGCGUUCCCAGCUUAUCGUCCUGCUGAAGCACAAGGUUUUUGUGGAAAGGGCCAACCUGAGCCUGGUGCAGCGGCGGCUGAAGCUGAAGGAUUUUCGGGAUGCCUACCCCCGCUUCCCCCCUAUCCAGUCCAUCCACGUCUCCCAGGACGAGCGCGAGUGCAUGAUCGACCUCAGCGAGUUCAUGAACCCCUCACCCUACACCGUGCCUCAGGAGGCGUCUCUGCCGCGGGUGUUCAAGCUCUUCCGAGCCCUGGGACUGCGGCACUUGGUGGUUGUGGACAAUCGCAACGAGGUGGUGGGCAUGGUCACCCGCAAGGACCUCGCCAGGUACCGGCUGGGGAAGGAAGGCCUGGAGGAGCUCUCACUGGCACAGACGUGAUGCGGGGCGGUGCUGCCCAGCAGAGAUGCGCCCCGGCCCCUCAGAGCUGGGGACCCCCUUUUGCAGGAGGCGGGGAGAGGACUGGACCAGCCUGUGCAGGCAUCGCGGUGCCUGGAGCACCGGCACGGCUGUGCUGCCCCGGCUCUCCUGCCCGUUACUGCCUUCCCAUGUCUACUGCCUCUUCUUCUCACCCCUUCCUCUGCUUCCCCGAGGGAUCAAAACACACCCUUGGCUCCGUUAGCUCCUGGCAUAGCCUCUCCCUGAGGGCUGGGUGAAGGCUGGAGUGUGCCAGGGGGAGCAGAAGUGCCCUGCUGAGCUGGGCACAGUCCUCUGCCGCGGCACAUGGCCUCCAUCGCCUCAUCCACCCAGCCUGGGCUGUCUGGGACCUAGCCCUGCCCUGGCCCCUGCUGCAGGGCCUGUGUGGGGAGUGGAGGGGACGUGGUGGGGCUCCCUCCUGCUCCCAGGGCCCCGUCCCCCCCUGCCCCGUGCUCCUGCUGGCUGGGUCGGGCUGAGCCCUGGGGCGGGCGCUUGCGUCUCUGCCCCUCCGGCCGGAGGAGGGGGCCAUGCCCUGCUCGGCUGUGCAAUAAAAGGGCUCCCAUGGUUCAGCA